CCCCUUCGUCAAUCACUGUUCAAUCCGUCCAAAUAUGAUUCCUCAUCCCACCGGGCCAAAAAGAGGCAACCCGCUCACCAAAACUCUCGUUACAACACCACGACACAACUACCAAGCCCUCAAUUACCACCCACAAUCACACUACCUACACCACGCAUCACGAGUAAACAUCUCGCCCGAGAGAUCUGCAGGUACAAAAGUCCCGUUGCCGGCGUUCAUUCGCUCAAAUGCCGGGGUAGGAUGGGUAAUCUAAGAUCAGCGCUUAUCCACACGAUACCUUCCUUUUUGAGGUUGCACCAUGUGCAAUCAUCUCCGCGUGGUCUCCCGUCCCGAAUAGGAUGCUGGUCUGAGUAUAUCUUUCGUAGAGAUAAGGCUGUUGAUGACUUUGAAGUAUUCCUGAGGGACGACCUUUUGUGUGAAUAUUAAACCUGGCCCAAAACUACGAUCACUCGUGAACAAAGCAGGUGAAGUAAACGAUUGUUUGAGUCAACACAGCAUUCUGGCAUUUGGGAAUAGGCUAUCCAGAGGUUCGCUAAUUAGUAUCCCCUGCCGAUCUCGCUGUCCUACAUAUCCAUCCUACCUAUAUCUGCCUAUGCCAGGUUUUCGACUAUCUCGGAUAGAGUAGAUUCACUACUCAGUCGGUGCUAUUCAUUCAUUAGCCCAUUCUUCCGUCUACAUAUCUACACUUAGGUAGCAUUCAGAAAGCUAUCAGGUCUAGCCCAUUCUAGUGAUCCAAUCAGGCCCGUCUCGUAUCUCACCCGUCAACCCUCCUUUCAACACAAUGGCACUCAGGAACAUCAGGGUCCCCGGUC